AUGGCGGUCACCGCUGCCCCUCAUAUCACGACUCAAAACACUACCAGCAUUGCAGACGGCAAUCUCGAGCCCUUCCUGCAGCCAGACUUCGACGCAGCCGACUAUCUGAACAGCACUCUGCCCACCCUCUCCGUCUCAUCGUCCUUCCGAAGCACCCAAAAUGCUCGCGCGGUUCAGCUGCCGGAACUCUCGACGCAAUUGCAAACUCUGCUGUCACAGCUGAACGCCCAGACUUCCCGCCUGUCCAACUCUCUAACUCAGCUCACCGAUGAGAUUGUACGAAGCGGGGGAAGGCUGGCGUACGAGGUGGAAGUGCUCAAAGGGGAGGCCAUUGGGCUCACCGAUGUGUUGGAAACGAGUUUAGAAGAAGAUAUUGGAGUUCUCACGACCGGCACAACUGCGGAGGGAGACACUGUGAAAGCGAGUGAGGGAGAGACUGCAGAAGCUGGGCAUGGAGAGGUGCAGUCCGCGGACCACGAGCCGGAGUAUCUAGGGCAGUUGAGAACACUGGCAUCGGUCCGAUCAAGACUGGACCAGGUGAUAAAGGUCUUCGGCGAAGCAAUGCAAUGGCCCAUCGCGCCAUCCGAGGUCUCGGUGGCGUCGUCUCUGAUCUCGGUGUCCGCGCCAAGUGCUGGCGAGGAUGUCCAAAGUCGCGAAGAGAAGGGCAAGGCUUAUGCCGAAAAGGUGCGCGGCGAGAUCUCUGAUCUCAUUGGAUCUGGCAACGAUGCCGCGGAUCUGGAGGCUGCGGCUGCCAGGGUCGAGGAGCUGAGACGGUUAGCGGAGGUGUGGAAGGGCACCAGCGAAGAGAAGGCACGCACGAAAUUCGUCGAGAGCCUACAGAAGCUGGUCGAAGAUAAGCAGAAGGCUAUGGGCAGGACGAGUACGCAGAGGUCUACUGCACUACCUUCACGCGGCAUGGACUAUCGAUACGGCGACACGAGCACCAGCAAACUACCAACUGAGGGUGGCUAUGGCUUUCUGCAGAAUCUGCGCAGCCUCAAGAACGAUGUGUAUCUCGAAUGA